AACUCGUAAAAAUAUAAAAGGUUUAUAUCAACCCUCUCUUCUUAAGAAAUCUAGAUCACGCAAUUAUACAGACAAUGUCUAUAAUUGAAGGAAAAUAAGUAUCUUGUAAAAUACUUCUAACUUCUAAAAUAAUUCUCUCUUUUUUUCAAUUUAAGCUAAUUAACGAUAACUCGUAAAAAUAUAAAAGGUUUAUAUCAACCCUCUCUUCUUAAGAAAUCUAGAUCACGCAAUUAUACAGACAAUGUCUAUAAUUGAAGGAAAAUAAAUAUCUUGUAAAAUACUUCUAACUUCUAAAAUAAUUCUCUUUUUUUCAAUUUAAGCUAAUUAACGCUAACUCGUAUAAAAGGUUUAUAUCAACCCUCUCAUCUUCUUAAGAAAUCUAGAUAAAGCAUAAUGACAACUCGCGCAUGAAUCGCGUAUAAUACACUUUUUACCUGCUAAUCGCAGUUCCGCCGGAUGUGCGAAUAAUGCUCUAGUCAAGGUAACCGAGAGAAACAAAUCUGUUGCGCACAAAAGCGCACGAUGCAACGAAAUCAGUUCAUCAUCCGGUAUAGAUGAUGUUAGUCGCGGAUGCGAAAAAUACAUUUGCAUCAGUGUCUUGCGUUAUCAGUCGCGUACGGAAAGAACAACGAAUUUAGAGCAGGAAAUUUUUCCUCUGGAAGUAAACGAUAAUUUUUUACAGAUCAACGCUGUCAUUCUUUCUAUGAGAAAAUUUUUUUUGUUAGAGUAGAGUUUCUUAAAAUUGAUUACGACUGAUUAUACGAAUAUUGUAUGAAAGUAGAGAGAUUUUUUUAAAAGUGAUCAUCUAUUUAUAUUCAUAUUUAGAAAAAUGUGCCGCUUAUUGCUGCUGCUUUUACUGCCAAUAGUAACUUCGAAACCGUGCGAGCAUUCGGAUUAUCGAUAUUAUACGUGCCAAAAUAAUUCUCUCUCUUGCCCUGGCGAUCAGAAAUGCACAUUCAUCGAUUACUGCCCGGCGGUUGUAUCUUUAAUGGAACGAAACGAGCUUUCCGCCCACAGAUUACGGCAGGCUGUUUGCGGAUAUGAUCGAACGCGCAUGAAAAUUUGCUGCAGCGUAGACAAUUAUUCCGAACGGCCGAUAUAUACGAAUCAGGAUGCGUAUCUGACACAAUCGUCUUCGAAAUCUCAAUGCGGAAAGAGUCUUAUUCAAAAUAACAUAGAUAAUUUAGGAUCGUAUCCUUUCGUCGCGAGGAUCGGUUUUACAAAUACAUUAACGAGUGAGAUCAAAUACUCGUGCAGUGGCGUGAUUGUUAAUGAGCGUACAGUAUUAACUACAGCUACAUGCGCACUCGCGAAAUCGGACAAAUACAAAUUAUGCUCUGUGCUUAUUGGUGAAUAUAAUACAGAGUCGGAUCCAGAUUGCAAUAAAUUGUUUUGCGGACACAAUACCAGUAGCCAUGAUAUAUCGUAUGUAAUAAAACAUCCGGGCUACGACGCCGCAAGUUUUUCCAAUAACGUUGCCUUACUUCGCCUGAAGAAGGCUAUCAAUUUUACAGCCACAGCGCAACCAAUCUGCUUUAUACCGGAAGAUAGAUACGUCAGCUUGGAAAGUACAUGCACCGUUGUUGGCUGGGGAAAAUUAUCCGGUCAAAAAGCACAACCACCGACGCAACAAUCAUUACAACUAAAACUCGUACCUAAGCAGCAAUGCUCAGAUUAUUCAAGCCAAGGUCUGUCUGUUGAGUUGUGCGCCAAAGGAGACUGUGAACCUUGUUCAGGUUACAGUGGAAGUCCCCUAUUAUAUAAAUAUGCGAACACAUACUUCCUGGUCGGAAUCCUAUCAUAUGGGUCUAGUUGCGACUCAAGCACCAUUUUUCCAUCUGCGUUCAUAAAUGUACAGAGAUACACACGAUGGAUUUUAGAGAAUUCCUAA